CUCCUGGGUUGGUGAGUCUCGUUGUCAUAGUGUCUCCCCGAUGGAAAAUCAACUCGUGCUGCCAUGGACUCUGAAGGCCUUGAGGGUGAGAUUGCCAGCCAUCCGGAAGGCGAUCCCCACACGGUCAAUGAUGGCUUUGGUGGCAUUGAUUUAGAAGAGGAGAUUCCAGAAGAAAAUGAACUACCUGAGGGACAGAAUGAGGAAGAUGAACAGCCUGACCACGCUGACGAGUCGAUCGCUCGACGUGAAAAGCUUAUUCGUCUGAUGGAACGCUUCCAGUCAACCCGCCCUGAGAUGAUUCGUGCUGUUCGUGUGUACCAGAUGUUGAUUUGCUUUGGACAGGUGUUCUGGGCGGCUGGAAGCAAGGAUUUUUAUCACUUCAGCGAAGCUGAGCAGCAUGUCGACGCGUUUUUGAGCCAUAGCUGGCAGGUGAAAAGUUGGGAGAAGAUUCUGCUGUUGAUGGUCUUGAAGAACCUCUUACCUGCAUGUGUGAUUGGAACUCUUGGAUCUUUGCUUAUGAUGAUACCUUGCCUGUUCUUCAAGCUUGGAGUGCAGUUCUAUUGCUGGUGUUGUUGUGUCGGACUCAUCCUGUGGCUCAUGACGUUUGUGUUUUGGAGAUCGAGAAGUACCGUUUUUGUGGACAGGAUGUGCAUCAAUCAGUUUGACCUACGUAUGAAGGCUGAAGGAAUCCUAAACAUUGGAGCCGUGCUUAAGGCUUCCAAGUCCCUUUUGGUUGUGUGGGACGAAUCCUAUGCAGAUCGACUUUGGUGUAUGUUCGAGAUAGCUGCAUUUCUCAAGGCUCAUCCAGAAGCGGUUGCUGAGAAACCAGAGAUGGUUCAGGUCAGGCCUCUUUUGCUGGGUUUCCCAGUGUGCCUCGGCAGUGUUUCUAUGCUCGCACAGGGCGUUUUUGUCCUGGUGGAACCGUUUGACAAUGUAAUCUUUUGGCCUGUGGUGCUCCUCUUUGCCGCCAUGCAAGCCCUAUACCUCGUUCAUGCCUUCCGUGGAUACUUUAGAUCACUAGAGGCCACCAAUCAGCGGCUGCAGCAGUUUCAACUGCAGAAGUGCCAUUGCUGGUGUUGCAGUGUCAAUCAUGUAAACCCCGCGAGCGGGCAGCCCAUUCAGCUCUGUGAUAGAGAAAUCGUUUGCCAGUGUGUCAUGCGCUGGUAUGGCUCCGAGGAAGAAUUUGACAAUUCCGUACGGUCAGUCGUUGCCUCCGCGCUAAAGCAACAGAUGGGAAGCGAUGCAAUUGACUAUCCAUUAGUGCUUGGGGCCACAGCGCCAAUCUUGUGGGCUGCCAUUGACUUGGCUGUUCUUUGGCACUCUCAGGAUCAGUUGUUCCAUGUCCCACUAUACACCAUCAGGGCUUUUUCCCUUUGGCUUUGGACCCUUCCAACCGCUGCGACUUUUGGGCUGUGGUUCGCACGCUGCUUCAGGGCACAGGGGCAGUCAAUGUGCACAGAGCUGUUAAAAGAUUUCCUGGUGGUCACUUUGGCCAUGCCCUCGCUUAUUGUCUUUGUUACGUUACAAGAAUUAACCUUUUUUCUCCUGGAGGAUGAGUGGCUAAUAGGUGCAUGCAUCGCAACCCUUUCCUUUUUGAUCUUUGCAGUUGCGAGGAAACAGUACCAUGCCAGCAAUCGGCGUUUCUUCACAGAAAUUCAUGCUUCAUCUGUUCAAUGAUCUCAUGCCUCAGAACGCGCUGAUAUGCCCCAGACUGGCCUCAAUUGGGCGCUCACCUAAUUGUUUAAACAAGACCUGGUGAAACCAGGCUUUGUGAUCACCCGUGCCACAGAAAAGGUCGCAGUGAA